UUGCCGGUCAGAAGGUCGCAAAAGGGGGCACGAGUCCUUUGCCAACGAACGCCCAGCCCCUCUGAGACUGUUCUUGCCCUCGCCCACCGUCCCGUUUCUCCGCCUUUCCAGAAAUGGCCUCGGACGUGUCUCCCUUGGGAGCAGCUUCGGGCACAUCAGGACCGGCCGCAGGAAGCCUCGGCCAGAGAAGCAGCAAGCGGCGGACGGGGCUCGAGUUUGACGACGAUGGCGAAGGGAACAGCAAAUUUCUCAGGUGUGAGGAUGACCAGCUCUCCACGGACAAGGAGCGGUUCGCCAGGUCUGAUGACGAGCAGAGCUCAGCGGAUAAGGAAAGAUUGGCCAGGGAGAACCACAGCGAGAUCGAGCGCCGGCGCCGGAACAAGAUGACGGCUUACAUCACCGAGCUCUCCGACAUGGUGCCCACCUGCAGCGCCCUGGCCCGCAAGCCGGACAAGCUGACCAUUCUGCGCAUGGCCGUCUCCCACAUGAAGUCGCUGCGGGGCACCGGGAACACCGCCACGGAUGGCAGCUACAAGCCCUCCUUCCUCACCGACCAGGAGCUGAAACACCUCAUCCUAGAGGCGGCCGACGGCUUCCUCUUCAUCGUCUCCUGCGAGACGGGCCGGGUGGUUUACGUCUCCGACUCGGUGACGCCUGUCCUGAACCAGCCCCAGUCGGAGUGGUUCGGCAGCACCCUCUACGACCAGGUGCACCCCGACGACGUGGAGAAGCUGCGGGAACAGCUCUCCACCUCGGAGAACGCGCUGAGCGGCCGGAUCCUGGAUCUGAAGACGGGGACGGUCAAGAAGGAGGGUCAGCAGUCCAUGAGGAUGUGCAUGGGGUCCCGCAGGUCCUUCAUCUGUCGGAUGAGGUGUGGGAACGCAACCGUCGACCCCGUCUCCAUGAACCGGCUCAGCUACAUAAGGAAUCGGUGCCGGAAUGGGCUGGGUGCCAUCAAAGAGGGGGAACCCCACUUCGUGGUCGUCCACUGCACGGGCUACAUCAAAGCUUGGCCACCGGCAGGAGUUUCUCUGCCCGACGACGAACCGGAUUCUGGGCAGGGCAGCAAAUUCUGCCUGGUGGCCAUCGGCAGGUUGCAGGUCACCAGCUCCCCCAGCUGCGCGGACAUGAACACGGUAUGUCAGCCCACCGAGUUCAUCUCCCGCCACAACACGGACGGGCUCUUCACCUUCGUGGACCACCGCUGCAUGGCCACAGUGGGCUACAAGCCCCAGGAACUCCUGGGGAAGGACGUGGUCGAGUUCUGCCAUCCCGAAGACCAGCAGCUGUUAAGGGACAGCUUCCAGCAGGUAGUGAAGUUAAAGGGCCAGGUGCUGUCCGUCAUGUUCCGUUUCCGAUCCAAGAAUCGCGAAUGGCUCUGGAUGCGGACUAGCUCCUUCACUUUCCAGAACCCCUACUCCGACGAGAUCGAGUAUAUCAUCUGCACCAACACCAACGUGAAAAAUGCCAGCCAGGACCCACGUCCUGCCAGCUCCAACUCGAUGCAGAGACCCCAGCUAGGCCCCGGUGUCAGCCUGCCUUUGGAGAUGGGCCCAGGGCACCUGGCCGCCAGAGUGCAGCCAGCCCAGCCAGCGGAGCUGGACGUGGUUCCCGGGAGAGAGAGCUUAGCCAGCUAUGAGCACCCCCAGGCUGCCCUUCAGGCCGUGAGCACCGCUGGUGCCGAGCACAGCAAGCCCGCGGAGAAGGCCGAGGCCCUCUUUGGCCAGGAGCGAGACCCCCGCUUCAGCGAGAUCUACAGCGGCAUCAGCCCAGACCCGAGGAAGCCCAUUUCGGGCAACUCGGUGCCCGCCAGCCACCCCCUCUUCGCCCCAGGGAACAGCUACGGGGCUUCCCGCCCGGCUGAGGGCUUCCGCAGCAGCAGCAGCAGCAGCAACAGCAGCCUGGCGCCCUCCGUCCUGCCGCCUGGCCGGGCCCAUUCGACCUCCUCAGCUGGGCCCAUCCUGGCCCACCUCUCCCGCCACCCCAGCCCCAGUCAGAUCUCCAGAGGCGCCUGGGCUACGGGAUCGCGCCCACCCUUCACAGCCCAACCAGCGGCUUCCCAGCCGGUGAAGACUCGGCCUCCCGCCUUUGCCAUGGGCAGCUUCCAAGCCACGCCGUCCUCCUUCAGCCCCAUGCCAAAUCCCGGUUCCGCAGCCUCCCCAGCCGGGGCUCCCUACCCAAACCUCGCCGGUCGGAACGCCCCUUUCGCUGCUGGAGAGAGCGGGCAGAAUCCGGCCCCGUUCCAGGCACGGACGGCAGAAGGAGUCGGCGUGUGGCCGCAGUGGCAGAGCUCAGGCGAGUCCCACGUCCAGCAGCAGUCGGCCCAGCCGGAGGUCUUCCCGGAUAUGCUGUCUAUGCUGGGGGAACAAGGAACCAACUACAGCAGUGAAGAAUUUCCUGAACUGAACAUGUUUCCGCCCUUUUCGGAGUAAGCGAGGGAGACGGCCUGCCCUGGAUGUGACUUUAUUCCGUGUAGCAGCGUGCAGAGGGAGGUCUCUUCUUCGCGGCCCCUGACCCUUUGCAAAGCACCCCCAAGUCUUCCUGUGGAGGCUGAAUCUCCCCUUCAAAUCUCUGGGGCUGCCCAGGAAGACCCCUCCCUCUCUGCCAGCCCACGACGGACUUACUUGGAUUUUGGAGACCCUCCGAGACGUAUUUGGGCAAGGAAAGAACUGAUGGGAUGGGGUUUUUUCCACCCCCCCUCAACAUCCAAAGAUGCUUGGGAAGGCAAAUGGUCAGCAAGGGUUCCCCCCCCCUGCCCAGUCAUUGUUUUUAAUUCUACGACGUAAUCUUUUAUACCUACCUUGUAUUCUCGUUUAUACACGUUGAGGGAGCCGAAUUUUGUCGAGAGGCUCCGGCUUCGUAGGCCGGUUUUGUGACUUGUGAACCGGUGUUUCUUCCCUGGCACGCUCGCACACGCGUGUCUCUCUUAAUCUCUCUCACAAGCAGUAUUAAUGAAAUGCUGGGGUCGGGGGGGGGGCUGACAUGCUCCCCCACCCCCUUUGCCUCCUCAUCCGGUCCCUUGGUUGGUUAGCUUGUCUUUCCACACCUCUUUCGGGGCCACGUUGUGCUCUGCGCUUGGAGGCUGUGCUGGCACAAUCUUCUUCGUGAAAAUCCCCCUUUUUAAGGGGGUGCGAUUGACAAUCAUGGUGGACUGCCAGGUCAAAAACGGUCCCUGUUUUAAAAUAAUGUUUAAGAGCCCAGAUUCGGGGAGGGGCUGUCCCAUUCUCGGAAAAUAGGGAAAGGAUGCUGGUUUAAUCCUGGAGGGGAUCAAGGGAAGCUGGUUGGCACCUUUUCAACGCCGGUGCCAUCGGGACCCGGCUGGUGGUUCUCCGACCUGGGCGAUUUGCGUGGGUCGGGGUGCUUUCCGGCGCCCCCUCCCCAAUCUGUGUGAAGCCCCUUUCCUCUUUUCUUGUAUGCGCUUCCCCACGGGGACACCUGAAAGCCAUAAAAAUUGCACAAAGA